CCAGCAUGGGCUUAAGAAGCUACAAGAGACGGUUAUGGAAGAAGGGAACCCAGAUGUACAAGAAAUUAGACAUUUACGCAAAAGACUUAACCCUUACUUUUGAAGGGGAAGAUAAGCAUGCAACUUACAUAGGUGCAACAUUUACGACAUUAAUCAUGGGUUUCAUGAUGGUUUAUGCGAUUUUCCAGUUAGAAGUCUUAUUCAAAAGAGAAAGGACGACAGUCAACUUAAAAACUACCUACCAAGAUCUAACAAAGUUUUAUGAUAAUUAUACUCUGGAAGAUUAUGGAUUUGACUUUGCUUUGAAUCUUGAGAAAUUUGGAACUCCAAUCUACGAUGAGUCAUAUUUCUAUUAUGAAGUAGAGAACGUAAACUCUUGGUGGGCCCCUGACUCAUCAGGGGUAGUUAAAAGAUACAAAACAAGCACAGAUCUCAAAAUGAGCAAGUGCAAGUCUUAUAAUGCUAGCGCUGAUGAUAUUGAAAGGCUUGGUAUCUACCAAAACUUCUAUUGUCCUGAAUUGAAGGAAUACUCAAUAGGAGGGACGUUCGUAGCUCCGAAUUACAGAUAUCUUUACAUUAAGCUCCUAAAAUGAGAUAGUUCCUUCAUGACUGGAUGAAAGAGUGAUACUGAUAUCGACAAAUACCUAGACCAGACCCAAUUAUCCUUUUACUAUAAUAACUUCUAUUUCGAUUCAGACGACUUCGAAAGUCCGGUAAAGAAGUUCAUUGAUGAUAAGUUAUGGUUCAAAAUCAUGCCAGAUACUAGAAAAGAUGCUGAUGUCUUUGUCAGAAGGAACUAUCUCAGCCUUCAAGAUAAUUAUGUACAACUUGGUGGAGAGGAAGAAGACAUGUUUAUAUCCGUCUCUGGCCAAAGAGAAACUAUUGAUGAUUACGAGAUUGGAGACCAAAAGGUAGUCAGAGUUUACUUUAGAAUAGACCCUUAUAUUAACUCUUAUGAAAGACAAGUUUACUCCAGCGGUGACUUCCUAGCCCAGAUAGGAGGUAUAUUCUCAUUCUUAAAAGCUAUUGGAGCAUUCUUCGUAUUUAUUUUUAGCGAAAGACUUCUUGUAUCUGCCCUAGCUGGCAAACUUUAUCAGGUGUAUGAUGAAAAGAAAGAAAAUGAUAAAUAUGAUGAAGAUCCCUCUGCAGAUUUAAAUGAUAGUAUCGCUAAGUUGAAGAGCUUUAAAAAGUCAGAAAUGUCUUCUUCAAAUAGGAUCAUGGAUAUUAGUGCCACUCAAGAUGAAGAGAAAAAUUUCUACAAGAGAAAUCCUGUCCGUAACCUCUUUAAAAAUACAGUAUAUUGUCGAAACAAAUCAGCAGUUUUGGCAGACAAGCUGAAGAAUGAUAAAGAGCUUGAUGAAAUUGACCGACUAAAAAUAAAGAACCUUGUAAGCAACAGAAAGAGGUUUGAUUAUAACACAUUCCAUGUCCUCCAAUACAUCAUCUGUUGUGUUGCUUGUCGCCAAAGGAGGAACAAGAAGAAAUGGAAACGUCACUUACUCUACAAAAAGGCUGAGGACAAAGUCUUCGAACAACUUGACGUAGUAAACAUUCUCAAAUGGAUAGAACAGCUGAAACUCCUCACAAAAGGACUUUUGAACCAUAAGCAGAAGUUCUGGCUCAAAUUCCAGAAAGAGCACCUUCUAGAAAUUGAAGAGAACUCUGAUAAGGAACGAAAGGAAAAGUUAAAGGAAGAAACCAGAGAAAGAGACUUCAUUAAGCUUCUUUACAGAAAUGACCCAAGGGCUAAGAAAAGAGUAGAUCGCAUGCUGAAGUACCUCCAACAUGGUAAUAGAACAGCCUUUGAUCAGAAGAUUAUUGGAGGUCUCUUUGAAGAAUACGCCUCUGAUUCUGAAGAAGAGGAGAUGGAAAAUAGAGUUAUGGAUACUGAAGAAGAGAAAAAGGAGUUCUAUAGUCUUGCUCUUCAAGAUGAACCACAAACUCGUAGGGGCCAGUUUAACAAGGGAGUAAAGAGCGGUGAUGUAGACUUCCAGCCGUUAAAGAACCUAUACAACAGCGUGAAUAGUAUAACAGCUCUGGGAUAUUCUUCUCCUAAGAAGCCGGAUAAAUCAAGUUUUAAAAAGAAGGGAGGAACAAAGAGUUUCCAUAGAGCUAAGACUAAGAAAGUUUUCUCUGAUGGAACUCCAUUGAAUCAGCUCUCAUCUCGUAAGAAGAAUUCUUCGAGAAAGAGGCAUAAAGAUGUAGUUAGCUCUAAAUCUAGAGGCCAUCAUGGUUUAUCUCAAACACCUAAUAUUCAGGAGGAAAAAGACGACAGUAGAUCUUAUAGUGACAGUGAUUCGAACAACGAAAAAGGAUUUUCACAGAGCAAAUUCAAGAAAGAGAAGAAACCACCAUCAGAUGCAAACACUGAUGACAAAGUUGAAAAGAUUAUCGAUGGAGCCCUAGGAGAUAUAAGCCAAGAUAAAAUUGGAUCGUCAUGGGUCACCAAAGACCUUGAUUCUUCAGAUAAGGUCAAAAAGGCAGAGGGAGAAGGUAAAGGAAGCUCAGAGAACUCUGGAUGGAACGUCCAAGAUCAAAAAUAAAUGAUAUCACCAAGAUUUCUAGCGAUGUCCCAAGCUUUGGUGGUUAAUUACAACUUUGAGCUGGGGAAGUCGGAAAGUUGCCAAAUAAUUUUUGAAGUUAAAAAUCUUC